AUCACUGUUCGACGCCCAAUCGAGAUUUGAAUAAAUCACGAUUUUGAGAUUUGGAAAUUACCAGACGGGGUUUGGAAAGUUUUCAAGUUUGCGUUUGUCAACGCAUCAAUUUCUGAGAAGCUCAGGAUCUGUUGCUUUCACAAAGAGUGAGGGAGAGAGAGAGAAAGGGGAGAGAGAUCUUUCUAUGGGACGUUUCUCUUCCGAAUCAGUCUCAUUGCUUGAGAAUACGGAUUUUUUUGAGUCAGAGGCUGUGAUCAGACAGUUCGGUUGGUGGUAGAAGGCCAUUUGUUAGAAUAAAGCUAUUUGAUUCUGUUCAGCAUUUAGAAAUUCUAAUAGUAAUCAUGGGAGGGAAAAGCUCUAGGAUGGAAAGCCACCGCCAUUCAUAUCCUUAUGGGAAUACGCCUGCAUGGGCUACCUCACCCAGCCCUUCCUAUGCUAGCAGCUAUUCUGAACCCGAAGUGACAAGCAGAUCAAAUAGAAGGUAUUCAAGGAUUGCUGAUAACUACAACUCACUCGAUCAGGUGACAGCAGCUCUUGCCCAAGCUGGUCUUGAGUCUUCCAAUCUCAUUGUGGGCAUUGAUUUCACUAAGAGCAAUGAAUGGACUGGUGCAAGAUCCUUUAACCGCCGGAGCUUACAUCACAUCGGCGAUUCACAAAAUCCAUAUGAACAGGCAAUAUCCAUCAUUGGAAGGACCCUUUCUGCCUUCGAUGAAGAUGACCUUAUCCCUUGUUUUGGAUUUGGUGAUGCAUCAACGCAUGACCAAGAAGUUUUUAGUUUCUUCCAAGAUGAACGGCCGUGUAAUGGCUUCGAGGAAGCACUGAGCCGAUAUAGAGAAAUUGUUCCACAUCUUAAGCUAGCUGGACCAACAUCAUUUGCUCCAAUGAUUGAGACUGCUAUAGGAAUUGUGGAGAAGAGCGGGGGUCAGUAUCACGUGCUUUUGAUCAUCGCAGAUGGACAGGUGACCCGAAGUGUGGACACGGAUCCUGGCCAUUUAAGUCCACAAGAACGGGAUACCAUUAAUGCCAUUGUCAAAGCUAGUGACUACCCCUUAUCAAUAGUUCUGGUAGGCGUUGGCGAUGGACCUUGGGAUAUGAUGCGUCAAUUUGACGACAAUAUACCCGCUCGGGCCUUUGAUAAUUUCCAGUUUGUGAAUUUCACGGAGAUAAUGGCACGAAACAUCGCCUCAUUCAAGAAGGAGACGGAGUUUGCUCUGGCGGCAUUGAUGGAAAUACCAUCACAAUACAAAGCAACAUUAGAACUCCAGCUUUUGGGUCGCCGGAGGGGAACGGAAGCAAGGCUUUCUCUGCCUCCACCAAUCAGAUACAAUGAUUCUGCAAAUUCCUCUUCGAGGUAUUCACGGUCUAACAGCUUUGAACAGAGUGGAGUUUGUAAUCCUCCCUCUGCUCCGCCACCAGAAAAUUCUCAACGCAACAACCAGAUGUGUCCAGUGUGCUUAUGGAAUGCCAAAGACUUUGCAUUUGGAUGCGGGCACCAGACAUGCUACGACUGCGGUCGAGAUUUGCAGUUAUGCCCCAUUUGCCGAAGCUCUAUAACCACUCGGAUCCGAUUAUAUUAAUGAAUUGAAACUUAAUCAAAGACUGUUGAUUCGGUCUUUAAACGCCAUACUCUUCCGAACUUGAUUUUGUGGUCAAGUAAGUUGUAUAGUUCUUUAGAGUGUUCUGUAAAUGUUUUUAUCUUCAAAAUAAAGACCUAUCAUUUAUCAGCA